AUGACAAGAAAUAUAUCAAAUGAUAAUGAAGAUAAAUUAAAAAUUAAAACUUCAAUUGGAACAAAAACAAUUACUAAUGAAAAAUUAUUAUCACCGCAUAAAAAACUUAAAUUUGGAGUUGAUACAAUUCUUGGGAAUGUUAAUACAUAUUCAGAUAAUAAUUCUUCAUUUGAAUUAGUCAAUGAUUCAGAUGAUGAAUUAAUACAUAAAGUUUUUAAUCCUGUUGAAUCACCUGUUUCAUCAAACUCAUCUGCCUUUUCAAAUGAACCAUCUCUUAUUCAAUCUCCCCUAUUUAAACAAACAUUUUCAAAUUGUUUAAAUAUAAAUUCAACUUCUCAUUCUCUUAAUGAAUUAUCUUACGAAACUAUGAAUGAUCAACAAAUAAAUAGUCUUCUUCAAAUGUCUGCUACUAAUCGAUCUCAUCAUCCUUUGUUUCCAACUAAUUCAUUAUGGCGUCCAACUCUUCAACCUUUUAUUGGUAAUUAUUUUGAAAAUAAUGAUUCAUCAUCGAUAUUAAAUGGUACAAUGUCGACAAAUGGAUUUUAUAUACCAUCAGCAACAUCAAAUGUAUUUUGGCCAUUUGGUUUUCGAAAUAAAAUACGUCCAAGAAUGCUAAAACGGGCCGUAUUUUCUGAUCAACAACGUAAAGGUCUUGAAGUUGCUUUUUUAAAACAUAAAUAUAUAACAAAACCUGAAAGAAAAAAAUUAGCUCAACGUCUUGAUUUAAAAGAUUCACAGGUGAAAAUCUGGUUUCAAAAUCGUCGUAUGAAAUGGAGAAAUACAAAAGAACGUGAUUUAUUAACAUCAACAAAUUCUAUUAGUAUUGAUAAAAAUGAUUUAUCAAAUGAUUGUUGUGAAUGUGGGCAAGAAAAGCAAGAUAUAAUUAUAUAUCAUCCGUCUCUUAUUGAUGAUAAUAAUCAAACAGAUUAUUCGAAUAUUAAUGAAAAUAAUAAUUUAAGGAUAGAAUAA